AUGGUUGAAAAUUGGCGUGGAAAGGAAAUGGAAUGGGCAUGUGAAAAAGUUUAUGGACAUGUUGUCAAUUUUUUAUCUGCUAGAGGUGUUAAUGUUCAAAUUGGAGGUAGUGAUCAAUGGGGCAAUAUAAUUGUUAGAACUGAGUUGAUAAGGAAGAUAUUGCAGAUAGAAGGUGCUAUUGGUACCUAUUGUUUUACAUUUCCUCUUUUGUUGAAAGUGAUGGUACAUGAUGUUGGCUUGGUGGUUGAGCAGGAUGGUUGGAUUCUGGAUUGGAGGUUUGUGCAGAGGCAUCAAAUUGACAGUAUUCAAUUGGAUCUGAAUGUUUUUUAUCAUUCAGUUAUUCUUACAGCCAGGGGUGACCUCAAGGAAAUAAGCAAAGAUGAUAUAUCUGAUGCAUUUGAAAUGAUCAUUGUUGGUCCAAAAAAGAAGAACGCCAUUGUCUCAUAA